AAGCAGCAGCAGCUCCACUUACAGCGGUUACCGUGUUUGUACCGAAGUGAAUCAUCUAUCGUUAAUAAUGAAGACAGUGGAAGAGGAGCACGUCACCCUUGUGGAGCUACAGAAUGAAGGAUUCCAGAAGGAACUAAUACAAAAGGAAGAAGCUGAUGAUGAUGAUUUCUUCUGUCAUCAUAUUGAUGGAAUUUCAGGUGACGUGUCUUUAAUCCCUGUGGAACUCGUCCUCUCUGAGGUGCACCCACAGCGUGGAGGUUUCCAGAUAAAGCCUGUGAAGAAGGAGGAAGAUUAACUCAAAAUGAACAUCGAUUCCUCAUGUCCACGUUCCUCUACAACCCAAAAUCACCUCCACAAUCACAUCAAGAGCUGCAACCAUGAUAAAUAUGAGACUCUGGUGAAGAUUAAGACUGAACAUGAGGAUCUGACGCCCACCAGAAGCUCCAGUAAUCAGCAAGCGUCCUCUGAUCUGAACGACGAUUUCACCUGCUCCUCGUGUCCACGUUCCUCUACAACCCAAAAUCACCUCCACAAUCACAUCAAGAGCUGCAACCAUGAUAAAUAUGAUGCGCUGGUGAAGAUUAAGACUGAACAUGAGGAUCUGACGCCCACCAGAAGCUCCAGUAAUCAGCAAACGUCCUCUGGUACUUUCAGCAUUAACACCUCUUUCAGUCACACACAGAAAGAAGGAAACGUCUGCUCACAGUGUGGGAAGAGCUUCAGUACCAAGAGUUUUCUCAAAAUACACCAGCGCAUUCACACUGGAGAAAAACCGUAUCAGUGCUUACAGUGUGGAAAGAGCUUUAGGUUCCAGAGUGUUCUCAGAGAACACCAGCACAUUCACACAGGAGAGAAACUGUAUCAGUGCUUACAGUGUGGAAAGAGUUUUAAGCAACAGGGUACUCUCAAGAUACACCAGCGCAUUCACACUGGAGAGAAACUGUAUCAGUGCUUACAGUGUGGAAAAAGUUUUAAUCAACAGAGUACUCUCAAAACUCACCAGCGCAUUCACAAUGGAGAGAAACCAUACUUCUGCUUACAGUGUGGAAAGAGUUUUAAUUCACAAAGUAAUCUUAAAAUACACCAGCGCAUUCACACUGGAGAGAAACUGAAUCAGUGCUCACAGUGUGGAAAGAGUUUUAAUGGACAGAGUGAUCUGAAAAAACACCAGCACAUUCACACUGGAGAGAAACCAUAUCAGUGCUCACACUAUUGUGGGAAGAGCUUCAGGUACCUGAGUAAUCUCAAAAUACACCAGCGCAUUCACACCGCAGAGAAACCGUAUCAGUGCUCUCAGUGUGGAAAGAGUUUUAAUACACAGAGUACUCUCAAAAGACACCAGCGCAUUCACACUGGAGAGAAACCGUAUCAGUGCUCUCAGUGUGGGAAGAGUUUUAAUACACAGAGUAAUCUCAAAAUACACCAGCGCAUUCACACCGCAGAGAAACCGUAUCAGUGCUCACAGUGUGGAAAUAGUUUUAAUACACAGAGUGCUCUCAAAAGACACCAGCGCAUUCACACUGGAGAGAAACCAUAUCAGUGUUCUCAGUGUGGAAAGAGUUUUAAUCAACAGACUCAUCUGACAAUACACCAGCGUGUUCACACUGGAGUGAAACCGUAUCAGUGCUCACAGUGUGGGAAGAGUUUUAAUCAACAAAGUUAUCUUAAAAAACACCAGCACAUUCACAUUUUACAGAAAUGAUGCUCACAGUGUGGGAACUGCUUCGCUCAGUUAACCAGGAAAUCCAGAUUUAUAACAGAUCAGUUUGUUAGGUUGAUUAUUUCUCUCAGGGAAUUAAACUUACAGCGCUAAAUUCUGAAUCAUUAAAAUACCACAACACAUAAAAUGACAAUUAUACAAGUAAAUAGUAAUAAUAAAAGGACACUUCACACUUCAAACCCGGACAAAAGCCACAAAGACGUGGCGUACCGGUGCACCAGUUCGUUCUAACCUGUAAUAAAUAGCAUUUUCGAAAUGUCCACAAUGUAGGCGCCACAAUGAUAACAGGCGCGAUCGACUCACAUGCACUGUGCAAUCGACUGGUAGAUCACCUGCUGCACACAUUACAAAGGCGUGGCUGUGGAACAAGAGGGUACGGGUACUGGACUGGCCCGCCUGCAGUCCUGACCUGUCCCCAAUCAAGAACGUGUGGAGGAUUUUGAAACGAUGACGACCCCCCCGUACUGCUGCACAUCUUAAGACGUGUUUACAGGAAGAACGAGACAAAAUAAAAGCUGAAACACUAAAUAACUUGGUCUCCUCUGUGCCAAAACCUCUUUUAAGUUGUGAAAAGGAACGGCAACAUUACAUAGUGGUAAAUGCUUUACUGUACCAACUUUUUUUGAAAUGUGUUGCAGGACUGAAAUGCAGGAAUGGAUGUUUAUUAAUAAUGAAAUGAAGUUGAGCAGAUAAAAGAUGAAAU